CACACGUGCAACUUCUUUGCAUUAAACAGAAAUUUCAGCUUCGAAUACUAGAUCAAAAUGUAGUUUGCGAAUAUCAAUCUUAAAAAAAGUAUUCAAAAGAGUGUUUUUGCAGCGACAGAACGGUUCCCCAUAGAACCCCAUUGAACAGUACUCUACAAAAAAACGUGAACAUUUCUAAAUAUAAAAGGUUCCACGGAUGCCUUCAUAAAACCACUGGUGCCAAAUAAAGCACCUUCAUAUUUAAAAGCGAAGGGUUCCUUCCCGCACCUGCUCAAACAGUUACAGGACGCUGAAACAUUGCGCGCGGGGUCGACGCGAUCUCUCUGCGCGCGCGUCUCCAAACGCCAAGCGCGUGCACUCAUUGAGAACGGGCGGUUCGCCGUACACUGCGCCCUGCCCGGCUCCUGACCGGGGGCCCCCGGUAAUCGCAAAGCUCGCCUUAAUCGCUUUCUGUCGCACCUUUCCGAAGAAGCGGUGUGGAGUUACGUCACAGCAGCGCGCAAAAGUGCAGGCCAAGCAAAUAAGUCGCCGAGGAGCUAUUUGUAGGCAUUGCUGCCAAACCCGGGUAAAGGCUGCUCACUCUUCCGCGAUCAGUGCUUUAAACCCGCCGCAGCACUGGAAGCAGCAUGCGUUGUUUUCCCCGUUUAUCCUGGAAUGCUUGCGUUUGGAGAACUUGACCUGGAUCCGUUGAUGACCGGCGGCCGGUGCGCGCAACGGCGCAAUUAGAUCCGAUUCGAGACUUCACGUCCACAGACGAUCGCAAGCGUGAAGGAGCGCGACAUGAUGACGAUUCUGCAUGUUUUAGCAGAGAGAUUGUUACUUUUUCAUCAUCGCUUUUGAUUAGAUUUCUAGCCGUCGUCUUCUUUGGGGAACUCAUCAUGCCGCACACUCGCAACAGGAACCCGAGUCCAAUCCCUGAGGUAACGUGGGACACGGGGUUGAAGGAGAUGAACGAGACCUGGAAGGGGGCUAUCGCUUGCUUGGGGGUCGCUGUCUUUUUUGUCAUGACGAUCGGGAUCAUUUAUUGGCAAGUUGUGGAUCAGCCCAACAAGAACUGGAUCCUGAAGGGGAGCUUCAGCGGACUGAUUUGGGAGAGACGGACGCAAACCCUUGUCAUACAGACACUGACCGAGGACAAGACUUUUGCGGAGAUUGACGUGGAAAACGUGGGGAACAUCGACAUCGAGGUCCCUUUCGUGAGGAACAUGUGCUGGCUUAACAAAACCGAGUUCUGCUACACUUGGGAUUCGGUCGCAGAGGUGAAGAUAUCCUUGGAAUCGGAGGAGGGCUCGGAUACCGAGUGUUACAGUGUAACCUGGACUCCAAUUCACUGUCAUGUGGACCUGAAGGACUGUUUCUCCAUGGUGAAUAUUUCGUGGUAUGGAGGUGCAAGCGUCCAUGCGCCCAACUGGCCGAUAAACGAUGCCAACAUUUCCAUGCAGCCCUUCACAGUCAGUGACCUUAGGGACAACCCUUCUGGCUUCGGAUCAGUUUUAGAACGCUACUUCCUGGGAUCCUCAGGUGUAUCGGUUCUCGUGGCCCCGAACGUCCCGCUUCACGUGGGACUGGAGAGCAGACAGCAGCUCUGUUUGCAGACGCCGCCCAGCAUGGAGCGCCUGCCGCUGCAGUACACCGUGUGCGUCGGACACAACAUUCGAGCCGUCCAUCAAGAGUCAAUUCAGCAGCUCUCCACGGCCAGACGAGAGCUGCCAAACAUGGAUGUCUUACGGCUGCCUUUCUGGAAGCUUGCAGCCAACGUGGACUCGGGGGCCAAGCUGGAGCGCGAGCUGAGAACCUUCUCAAACCGGCUGAAGCGGCAUCACCUGGGCGAGGGAGUCAUCAGCCUCGACGAACAUUCCACCGCUCUCCUCGCCAACAUGGACCAUAGCUACCUCAAUAGCAAGAAAAGGACGUCUAAGAGACAGACGAGGGACCUCCCUUUUGUAAAGCUUCUAAACAUUUCCAUCACCCUGUCCCCGUACCUGAGCGUGGACUCGCAGCAGUUCCAGACCUCCAUUCAAGAAGGCAUCGAAGACUACUGGCUGAGUCUGCCCUCAGGACCACAGGGCCGACCGGUGCCCCUGUUGACUCAGUGGAAAGGAAAGUACAGCGUGAAGCUCAACAUCACCAACCCAGAAGCCACAAAUUGGUUUCUGGACAAAGUGGACAGCUUACAUAGCCAUUUGGGCAUGGAGUAUGUCAUCCUGGAAGGCGGUGAGGGAAACCCUUUCGAGGAACAGGCCCUGCGCCCCCCUCUGGCAUGGGUUGGAGAUGAAUACAUCAGGCUCCUCGCUGACCUGGCAGAGAGGAUAGGGGAAAAUACCAUUGUGACCUCAGGAACAAGGUCCAGCCACAAAGCGCUCUUCAUUCAUAUGAGUGCGUUGCAGUCAGACUGGAGUUACUCCGGCCUCAAGGGCAUCAUUCCAUCCCUGCUACAUCACAGUCUUCUGGGAUAUAAUUUCUUCAUUCCUGAUGCAGUAGGAGGCUCUCUCUCUGCUGAACUGGUUGCGGAUGACGAGCUCUUCGUUCGCUGGCUGGCAAUCGCAGCCUUUCUUCCUGUCAUCAGCUUCCAGACACCUCCAUGGGUCUUUGAGAAGGAAUGGGUCCUAAACCUCACCAGAUUCUACGUAGCCAAGCACCACGACUUUGUCGUUCCUUUGAUACUGAAAUACGCAGAGGAAUGGCAAGACACCGGAAACCCCAUCUACAGGCCGCUGUGGUGGCUCAGUCCAAAUGAUCCGAUCACGUUUACCAUUGACGAUGAGUUCCUCGUUGGAAAUGAGGUCCUCGUUGCUCCGGUUACCGAGAAAGGAGCUUUACAAAGAGACAUAUACCUCCCGGAGAGUGACUUUCAGUGGCAGGACACUAACAAUGCCCAAGUGUUUGAUGGAGGGACGUUUCUGGAAAGUUACCCGGUCGGCCUCGGGGACGUGGCGGUUUUUGUACGAUGGAGAUCCUGAGGCAUUUUAUUUACCACUUUUUUCUAUUUUUUAAUUUUCACUUGUGCUGAUCUCAAAUUGCACUUUCCAUAAAGACCAUUAUCUGUGUCUCAAGAAACCUUGAGAUUAGGUAGAAGAUAAUUUGCACUUUAAAAAUCAAAGUGGUUUAUAUUUUCUCGUGAUUUUUAGAUCCCUCUUGUUUUCUCCGCUACGUGUUUUGUUGAUUCAUACAUUUUUUUUUUUCAACUUUUUUCUUCAGAAUGCAGUUUACAUUUGAUAGAUCCUUGCAGCCUCUUAAAUUGUUAUCACGAUAUGGAGCUAGAAAUCAAACCUUUUGCUUAAGAACAAUCGACGGAAUUUCAUGAAGACCAAACAAUCGAAAAACAAAUUGCAAAAAUUGAGAAAGACUCUACAAGGAAAAACCAGUUCGCUAAAUGGAUGAAGAUGAAAAUACACCUAACAUCAACUCAUCUCAUCUCAGCUGGCUUUUUACUUGAACUUUGCUGAAUAUUUGCUGUAGUUUUGUAAUGUUUUACCUGUACCUCAUGUUCUCAUGAUGUUUUUGACAUAUUUUUCGUCAUGAACUGUGAGAGAAGCACUUACUGAUAGAGAAGACUGAAAUUAAGGGCUUAUAGAGUGAAUAGCACAAUUAUUUUUGUCUACAAAACAAUAUAUUGAAGCUCAAUCAUUAGUAGUAGGAUAUGAGCCAAUAGUAAACGAAAUUUCAUAGCUGUACAGUCUUAGUUGAAAUGCAACACACAACAAAGGACAAAUUGUUAUUUCAUAAUGAGAGUCUUUUUUGAGAAACUUUGAUAUUAUAUGCUGAUUUUAAUAAUUGUUUGUUUAGCUUCUUACAAUUGACCAGAUUAACCAAUAUGGUAUUUCUAGAUCUUAAGUAAUUCAUAGGACAAUUAUUCAAGGUAGAAUUAGAGUUUUGUUUUUAUAUUUAUAUUCAGACUAAACUUGAUCAUUCGUUGCCUUAAUUUUAGAAAUACUUUGAUCACUGUAGUAGCGGCAUUUGUACAUUUUGUCCCAUGAAAUGUAGUUAGUAAUUGUUAUAAAGCUGAAUUCCACCAUUACAAAUGAUUUGGGAUUACGGAUGUAGAUUUUUCACAGCCUGAGGGCAACGAUUGUAGAAUUGUAUUCCUGUAGAAUUGUGGUUUAACGAGUCUGGGCAAAAUACUGAUUAUUUGCUAGAGGUGGUGUAUGGCAAGCUGAUUUAACAUUAAUCUAAAACAUAUUAGUGUCUAGAUUCUUUUUUUUGAGCUGCUAGUAUAUAUUACUGAUAUGUACUUUUUGGCUUCUAGUGCUUAUUCUUUACGUACUAGUACCUUAUUAAAAAUUCUGGUACUUAUUCAUUAGAUUGUAAUAUAAAUUAAAACGAGUUUAAGAGUAGUAAAAGUUCUAUUUUACUAGUAAUGUUUUUAAAUGAACUCUACAGUGCCAUUUCUCACUAGUCAUAUCGUGAUUAUUAAAAAAACCUGUUGUGACUAGUAAGAUUUGUUACUAGUAACAGUUAAAAAAAGAUACUCGUGUCUAAUAAAUAGGUGUUAGUACCUAAUGAAUAAUUACUAGUAUCUAUUAAUAAUAUUAGUAUCUAAAAAGAUACUAGUCACUAUCGGAAUGCAUACUAAUACAUACUGAAUGACAGAUUGGUACAAUUUUGAAAUGUGUUUCUAGUAACUGUAGAAUAGUAACUAGUUACUCCUGAAAUACAUUCUAAUAUCGAAUUAAUAAGAACAAGCUUUAAAAAGUUACUAAUAAGCACUAGUCAAUGGUCAUUUUUUACCAUUGUUACUAGUAACAGUAGAAUACAUACUAGUUACAACUGAAAUAAGAAAUAAUAUUUAAUGAAUAAUAACUAGUGUUGCUACCUAAAGAAUAAGUAUGCUAAAUAAAAACUAGUAUCUUUAAAAAGUUAGUGAAUGAACACCAGUUCCUGGUAAAAACAAAAUUGUAAACGCAUUACUAGUAACAGUAGAAUGCCGACAAGUUGUAAUAGUACUAGUAUCUCACAAACAAGAAUGAAUAAGCACUAGUCAAUGGUAAAAAUUGGUAAAAAACAGCAGAAUAGUUACUAGUACGUUUGAAAUAAGUAUUAGUAUCUAAUGAGUAAGAAAAAGUUCCUAGUACCAAAUAAACAAGUACAAGUCAAUGGUAAAUAUUUAAAUGCGUUACUACUAACAGUAGAAUAGUUAUUAGUUCAUUGAAAUAAUUGCUAGUAUUUAAGGAAUACGUACUAGUAUUUUUAAAAGACUAGCACCUGUAAAUACUACUACCUAACGAAUUCCACUAGUAACUAAAGAAUAAGCACUAGUAACUGAUGAUUAGGCUAUAGUUGCUAAUGAAUAAGCACUAGUUGCUAAUAAAUAAACACUAGUAACUAAAGAAUAAGCACUAGUAACUGAUGAUUAGGCUAUAGUUGCUAAUGAAUAAGCACUAGUAGUUUAUGAAUAAGCACUAAUAACUAAAUAAGCACUAGUGACUGAAAAUAACUACUAGUAACUGAAGAAAAAGCACUAGUAGCUAGUGAAUAAGAAUUAGUACUUAAUGAAAUUGAUAGCAGUAGCUAAAAUAGUAAGUACUAGUAGCAUUAAAAUAGAUGCGUUUUAGGGGUUAAACGUUAACAUGGCUUGCCAUAUGUGCUGCUACUUUCACUCUCAUGCUUUGACAAGGUCCAAACUCGGAGUAUUGGUCCCCGCGCUAAAACACUAAAUCACCAUCACCACCGUGUGAAUCUACAGUGCAGAGAGAGAACGAGAACUCGAUCGGUAUCACCUGAUACAUGUGGCCUACUGGGAAUGUCCUCUUAAUCCUCACUGUGAUUUUAAAUGUUUACUGUAUCCGCAGGUUUCUCAGGUCAACGAUAUCAAAUCCAAGAGAAAGAAAAUGUCUUACACCCCAGCACACUGUUCACGUCUUAAUCUCUUGAUGCUCUUUUCGUUCGAGCGUUUACAGAGAGGCUAAUUGUGAUGUUCUUAUGCAGUGUGGUGUUUCGGGAGCCUUUUUUGUUCUGCUUGUAUUUUAUAUUAAAAUGCUGCGCUUUGAAAACAACACGCUGAAA